CCCUGCAAGUUUUUUCUUGAUGUUGAGUGGAAUAUCAAAGCACCUUUUCGGUGCAUAUCCAGCCCUUCUUCUUCUAGUCCUCCUAGCCGGCCACCAGAGUUGCAGUGCUAGCAAGAACAGUACUGUUGCCUGUGCUCCAUCUUCUUGUGGCAACAUCCAUAAUAUUAGCUAUCCUUUUCGACUAAGUACCGAUCCCAAUAGCUGCGGCAACAAAAAAUAUGAGCUUAUUUGUGAAAACAACCGCCCAACUUUAUACUUAAAUAAGGAGGUAAAAUAUUACGUCCAGGCAAUCGAUUACAGCAACUUCACGAUUCGACUUGUGGAUGCUGAUGUUCAGAAGGAUGAUUGCUUCUCUAUCCCUCGUCAUUCUUUAAUCCGCGAUCAUUUCUUCUACAACAGUGAUUAUUAUCUUCCAGAUGAAAUAUCAACUUUUGUUUUUAUGAGUUGCCGAAAUCCAAAACUGAUCAGUCCUUCAUACAAUAUUGUGGAUGCUUCUUCAUGCAAAAAUGGUAGUACUCUUUUUAAUUCGACGUCUAAUAUUUCUUCUCCGAGUUCCCAGAAUUAUUCCUAUGUCUUUAUUGCCUCUUCCGAUUACUAUGACUCUAUUGGUUAUCAUCGCUUGAGGGACAUACCGAACUCGUGCCGUGUAAAUUUGAUGUAUCCCGCGUCUUUCACUUUUGAUCAGCCGAAAAAUUGGACCAAUAUUAUUUCCUAUAAAGAUGUCCAUGAUAGUAUUGUAUAUGGGUUUGAUCUUUCAUGGUCUAGGGCCUGUUGUGAUUUUCUGAAAGAGAACCCCUGCAAACUUGAUGAAGCCGACAAAAACAAGUAUUGCGAUGUAGGAUUAAGCGUUGCUCCAAUCCGAGUUGCAAUAGGUUUUCUGGCUAAUCAGAUACUCAAUUAUAUUGUUGUAUGGCCGCUAAACAAGUAUUCACGAGCUGGCAGUUGGAUAACAUAUCGAAGCUCGGGCCAACCGCGAUUGGAAUUCCGCUAUUCUAAAUACGGACAAUAUCCUGAUAAUUAUACCACGAAGACCAUCUCUUCGGAUGCACUAAGCAUUCUCAUAGUUUUGCUCUAUACACUACUUGUGCUACUUGUGCUCAUCGGGAUAUAUCAUACAUUAUUAUUCGUUUGUGGGCUUCCAUGUCUCAUAACCUUAUUGAUCUACAAAUGGCAAAGAAGACAUUUAUCCAUGUAUGGUAACAUUGAAGAAUUCUUGCAAAGUCAUGAUCAUAAUCUCACGCUUAUAAGGUACUCUUACUCAGAGAUUAAAAAGAUAACUUGUGGAUUCAAUGACAAGUUAGGUGAAGGAGGUUAUGGCUCAGUGUACAAAGGAAAGCUUCGUAGUGGUCGUUUUGCGGCCGUAAAAAUUUUGCGCAAAGAAAAAGCUAAUGGGCAAGAUUUUAUCAAUGAAGUUGCCACCAUUGGAAGAAUUCACCAUUGCAACGUGGUGCAGCUCAUAGGCUUUAGUGUUGAAGGCUUGAAGCAUGCCCUUAUAUAUGAGUUCAUGCCUAAUGGAUCUCUUGAAAAGUAUAUAUUUUUUAGGCAAGGUAGCAUACCGCUGAGUAACCAGAAAAUAUAUGAAAUUUCUCUUGGGGUGGCUCGUGGCAUUGAAUAUCUACAUCAAGGUUGUGACAUGCAGAUUUUGCAUUUUGAUAUCAAGCCUCACAACAUUCUUCUCGAUGAAAAUUUCAUUCCAAAGGUCUCAGAUUUUGGACUUGCAAAAUUGUAUCCAACUAAUAAUAGCGUUGUGUCCCUUACUAUGGCUAGAGGAACGAUGGGAUACAUGGCUCCUGAGUUAUUUUACAAAAGUAUCGGAGCCGUCUCUUACAAAGCCGAUGUCUAUAGUUUUGGGAUGUUGUUGAUGGAAAUGGUUGGGAGAAGGAAAAAUCUGAAUGCAUUGGCAGAUCAUUCAAGUCAGAUGUACUUCCCUUCAUGGAUUUAUGACCAGGUUAAUGAAGGAAGGGAUAUACUUGAAGAUCAAGUGACAGAGCAGGAAAAGAACACAAUAAAAAAGAUGACUAUAGUGGCAUUAUGGUGCAUACAAUUAAAGCCUAUUGACCGUCCAUCAAUGCACAGAGUUGUACAGAUGCUUGAAGCAAAUAUUGAAUCUCUACAAAUACCUCCUAAGCCUUUUCUCGUUCCACAACAAACAUCAAAUGAUGAUAGGAUCAAUAUGGCUAAUCCAACAAGUUUAAGAGAUGCGUCGAAUGUUUGUAGCAUUGAUUCUUCAUAUCAGUUUGGUCGUUGAUAUAAAUACUCUUGUAUGUUUGUUUGUUUAAGUAAUAUGUUAAUUUUGUAUGCCUUAA